CCAAUUAUCAACUUGUAAUUUGCACUCGUUCGCGCCACUCAGUCACUUUCCUGCAUGCAAUACCCAUCCAAGCCUCGAUGACAGACACUCGGAAUCUUCGCAUUUUGUACACGAUCAACGCCAACCCCCAGUAUAUCCUUGCACGCACUCUGAGACCGGUUGAGGUCUCCAUACUGCCAGAUGCGCCCGACGGACCCUCUUCUCCCCAGGCGAGAUACGCCACAGCCCAGUUGAAGCCCUGCCUCGAUGCUGUUUGCCGCUCCAGUCCCGAAUUACUCCAGGACAAAUCGAGGGAUUUCUCUGUUUACCUGCUGGACCCCCUGGAGUCCAGUUUCGUUGCAACCAAGCAAGGCUUAGGCUUUGAUCGAGGUGUAGCGGUUGGGCUGGGGCUGCUGUCUACUGCAAACGAGAUCGCGGAUACGCCAGUAACGGGCACGGUUGUCCGAUUACCCACGAAUCAGGAAGCCGUGGAAAUCAUCUUGUCGUUCACGGAGACCCGAGCGUCUCGCAGAAACCCCUCGCCACUUCCCCCACCUGCACCGGUGUCACAAGCGCCGACACCCACUGAACCCGCGCCACCCCCCGCUCCAGCCAAGACUCAUGCCACUCGCAAUUCUCUCACUCUCACACGUGCCGUCUCCCUCCCAGCUUCAUCAUCCUCCGCAGCCUCCUCAUCCGCACAACCUUCGAAAGCGCCGCCGAACUGGUCGCUCGUAAAUCCCAGCAAAGCCAAGAAGAAGCCCCCUCAGAAACUCAAAGAGCCACAAACGGUGUCAUAUACCAACGAGCCGUACGCCCAUGCGCCCCGCGCGGACUACAUCUUUGCGAACACGCAAACGUAUAUAGGGCCGAAGACGAAGAAGGGGCGGCCGACGCAGCCACCGUCGAACGGUUCACAAAUGUGGGUGGUGGGACCUUCGGCGUCAACUCCGAGUACCACGACCAGCACGACGACUAGCGCAGCCAGUACACCAGCAUCAGCGCCUGGACCGUCUCCCGCGCAUGCACCUUCGCCUCUCCCAGCGCCUUCGCCCAUACCAGCGCCCUCACCUUCACCCGCAGCGGCACCCAUCGCCGCCAUGUCCCCGCCCACCAUCCCCACAGGCGAGAACCUCUCCCAAGAAGCGAAACACAACCUCCUCGACGUCCUCGCGCUUAUCAUGGCCUGCUCGGGGGAUGCGACGCAGCAGGCGGCGCUGUUAGCUUCGCUGAGCACCAUUGACUCGAGCUCGCCGGAGCAGACGGCGGUGGUGCUGGAGCAGAUUAAGGCGGUGCUGUUGCGGGGGAGGAGUGCGGGGCCGCAGGCGUUGGGUCAGGCGGGUCAGGCUGGGGCGAGUCUGAUGAGCCAGCCACCGCCGGCUCAAACGAGCCAAUCUGGCACCGUUGUGCUCGACAAGGAGAACUGCAACCCGUCGCCGUCGAGGCGGACGGGUAAGGAAGUGGCGGCCUCCACCUCUUCGACGCCCGCCGGAGUGCAGAACUCGGCGCCUGCGCAAAGUAGGUCGGGAUUACAAAACUCGACCUCGAAGUCGAAUGCGGCGCCCGUGGUGGUUCCGCCUGCUGCCCCGGCGCCGAAUGAGGCUGCCGCAUCUAGUCAUGCAGCUUCGUCCAGCCGGAAGCGCACCUUCGACCAAUUCGCGGCGGGUAUGUCGGCGCGCGUGGGUCGGAGCAAGGAACAGAGGCGACAGAGUGGGAGCAGGGAUCAGCGGAGACAGAGUGGCAGUGGGGAAAAUAGGCUGCAGAGUGGGAGCGGGGAGAACAGGGUGCCCGCAACCUCGCCCGUACGCGGGCCCGCGAGGCAGUCUGUUCCGUUCGGGAGGGCACAUUCGAGUAACGACGCGUCCUCGCAGCGCACAGCGAGUACGUCCCAUCGCUCGCCGAGCGCGUCCCACCGCCAGGCGGGCGCGUCUCAUCGCGUAGUGAGCGCUUCUUCGCCCGUGCGUCCUCCCAAUCGGAGGCCAUACACCGUGCCCUCGUGGGCGCGCACGGACACGGCGACGCAACCAAGAUUGUCAGAGGAGGCGCUGCGAGCGCAACGGGAGGCGGAUGCAAAACGCCGGGAGGUGAGGCUGGCGAGGAAGAGGGAGCGGCGGGUGGCGAGGCAGGGGGCGGACGGGGACGACGACAGCUAUAGCGAGAGCGGAGGGGACUUCAGCUCGAAUGCAGGGAAGGGCUCGAUGGUGGGUAGGAGUGCGAAGGCGAGCGCGAGUACAAUCAACAACGCGAACGCGAAGUCCAAGCCCGUAAGACCGAUUGCGGCUUUGCCUCUGUUCCCCUCGAGCUCGUCCUUCCCUAUUUCCUCGUCGGCUGAUCUUCCACCGCCGAGUACGCCGCCAAGGAGGCGAGCAGGGAGUCUGCCGGCGACGCCGGACGAGCUAGGUGGCUCGCUCUUUACGCCCAGCACACCUCGUGGUCUGCGCGCGCCGACGACGCCGGUUACACCACGUCGACACCGCCCGUCGCCUAUCAAGACCCCGCGGUCGAAGUCGGUGGGUGCGGAUGGGGCGGACGAAGGAGGGGGAGAGUGGGACGACGACGACGACUUCCUGAGCAAGGAGCUCUCCGAGUCGCCGUCCGCGGGCAGGUCGAGCGAUAUGCGGCGCUUCGACUCGAGCGAUGCGCGGCGCUUCAACUCGGGGUACGUGCCGCCGUCGUCGCCGCUGCCACCCUCUAGCCCGCCGCGGUCGAGUCCUUUGGACCAUCCGAUGGAGCUGGAGAUGGAGGACGGAGACGAGACGAUUCUAUCGCCUGAGCCACUGGUUGGGACGCCCGAUACGGCGGACGGGCUUGGGGGCAGGAACGGGGCAGACGGUCACCCGGACGGGCUCGAGUUGUCGUCCGACGAGGCGUUCGACAUGCUCCAGCUGUUCUCGGACUCGGAUGGCAUGCUGGGGAGUGAGGGUCUGAAUGACGCACCGGGCAUCGACAUGUCGAUGUUCGAGAACGGGCUGGCGGAUAUGGACUUUACGGAGUUCUGGCAGUCGAUGGGGCCGCUGUUGAAUAACAGCGGAUCGUUGGGAGAGGGUGGCGAUGGAAUGCAGGGUGGAGGAGGGCUGCAGGAAGGUGCGGGUCUGCAACAGCAGGACAUGCAACAUGGGACUUGGGAUGGGACUACUUUCGGGACUGGGCAGCAGGCAGAAUCGGUACAGGAUGUGCAUUCGCUGUUUAGUGGAUGUUUGCUGUGAAUACUCAAAGGCUUCUGAUGUUGUUGUCUUCGCUAUGUGCAUAGGAUAGUGCUGUCUGUUAGCUGCAAUGCGUACUCUCUCCGACUAUGUUGGCUGU